AUGCCACACACGAUCCUUCGGCUCCGCAGUGAGGAUCUCACGCACUGCACGCAUCCUCAAUACGGGAGUAGUGGUGUGGCGGUGCUGAGCCCGACCGAGAGCAGCGGUUGCAGCGGUAGCGAUAUUACCGAGCCGCGUUCGCCGCGCAGCCCCGAGUCCGGGUGCAGCAUCGAGGAAAGCGUGGGCGCGCGCAUGCCGCCCUGGGCGACCGAACCGGCGCCGCCGGCCCCGCGACGCCUCGCCGCCCAGCCCGCACCGCUUCGACGGCCGAACCCCGUGCAUCGACGUAUCACAGAGUUCUUCAACCAUAAGAUGAAACCGCAAACCGGCCUCAAGCGAGACGCCAGUACGCUUAGCAACGAUGACACCAAGAAGAAGUGCCUCCCUAAAAACGGUGUCACGCGAGACCUCGAGAAAUACAUCUCCUAUCUAUCACAGACCCUCAGUCCAAAAGUCUUGCUCGAUGUCGGUAAGCAAGCUAAUAAAACUCAACCGACCCCGGGCGGCCUAGAAGCGAAACCUGCUGAUCUCACUAAAUCUUCGGAUAGCGCCGACAGCGUUUUGGAUUUCUGUAAGCCAAAGGAUGGUAAAGAAGGUCACUCGAUGAACGGUUUCGUCGAGGUUCGUAAGGUAUCAGAGAAGCCUAAAGAUCAGCUGACUUGCGGAGUCUUGAACGGGCUAGCCGAAAACAAGAAGAUAGAACGCGAUAAGAAAAUAACAUCGGAUCUAUCCGCCAAAAUAAAAUCGAAUCUUACUAAGCAAUACAAUGGUAAUAACUCUAUAAGUAAUAAUAAAGUGCCAAUACCAGGAACGCACGAAAUGUUUGGAUUUCGGAUAGCUCCCGCUAUAACAGCCAAUCAAGCAAGAAAUAAAGUUUCAACAGUUAAAAUUGACCUAAAAAUUAACGGCACUGUGAACCAUGCGGCUAAAUUAGACAGUAGAAUGAAUGGAGUCACACGAGGAUCUAAUAAUUUGAACUUGGUAAAUAAACCCAUUGCGACUAAAAAGGAAACCGCGAAGAAGACCACUUUAGCGCCUAAACGUACUAACAGAAAAUCUUCGGCGUGCAUCGCUAAUAGCAAGAACCUUACUUGGUCAAAAGCUAACAACCUCAAACAAGUGCAGUUACAGAAACAAAACUGCGUAAACUCCGCAACAAAAUCCCCUUUAAGAAAUGUUCCCGGCGAAGCUAGUACUGCACCAAAGAUGAAUAUUCCAAACGGUGUGAGACAAGUAUCGAUGACUGUUAAUGGCAAUUUGAAUAAUUUAAGUGUACCUGUUAAUAAUUUACACAAUGGCCAUCAGAUCAACGUUCAGUCGCAGUGCAACGGAACGGUGACUUCGGGGGCUUUGCCCACGUUUAUGGCAGUUCCACAAAACGUGAUGCUAACCACCUUAAGGAUACCGCAAAACGGUCUCACUCCUACCAAUAUAAACCAACAGGGCGGUAUAGCUACGAUCAACCAAGGAAACAUAACAACUCUGAACCAGCAAGGUAGUAUAGGCGCUAUCAAUCAACAGCCAAAUGUCGCUUUCAAUCGGCCUAACGUCAGCGUCACGAGUCCGACAAAAUUAAAUGGUCAAUUUGUGUUUCCGCUCGUCCAGAAUAUCAACGGGGCCGUGUUGCAAAUACCUAAUCUGAUGGCGAAGAUGCCCAAUUUUGUCCUUCCGCAAGCCCAACCGUUGACGGCUCAGCGGCAGAACCAUAUCCAAAACCAACAGCCGCAGAUACUUAUAAACGGAACUUUAUUGAAGCUGUCGAAUGCCAUACCGUCUUCGUUUCCACCUGCAAAUAAGGCGAAUCCCGUAAGCAGCCAGCCCGUAUCCGUGAUAAACAAGAAUUUUCCCGGGAUACAAACCAUGAACGCUGUGACGCAACAAAAGCCUAAUUACAAUGUAAAUUUAAGCCACCCGAUGCUUUUGCCGCAACCGGGCUUCAUCGUUACUUCAGUGCCAAAUGUCAAAGAGACGUGGAGUUACUCCACAGUGAACACUGCCUGUCUAUCGCAAUCGACGUAUUCCAACCCGAUAGUACAACACCCGCCGCCUAUAGUACCGAGUUUUAGCACUCAAGCCUUACAUUCGAGUAGUAUACCUAUAGCGCCAGUCAAACCGCCGGACAACCCGGUCCAGGGGACCGAACCGCCCAGCAGCACGGUGAAGGAGUCAGACUUAGGGGACUUAAAAAAUCAAAAGUGUGAUAUUCCAUGGCUGUCUAAAAACGUUAAUAAUAACAUAGUUCCAUUAGAUUCUAAUAAAAUCACAUCGAGGCCUUUCGCUGAAAUUAGUUCAGCUAAGCUUGGUGUGUUCGCGAUGGAUAUAGAAGUGGACAGGGAAGCGAUUUCGUCAUCGAAAGACAAAGAUAGUAAGGUGCCUGAAGAGCUGAAGAAAGUUGAAGAAAUUUCGAGAAGAGAGGAGAGUUUGUUUGCGCAGAUAACAGUUUUAAAGGAUGUCACAUCGAACGUUGAGAGUACAAUGUUAGAAGCGAAUUUCAGUAGUGCAACGACAGAGUCGUCGGAAUCCGGGAUAGGCACCGAUAAGUCGAUAGAUUCGCCGAGCGAUUCACAGGGUAGCAAGGAAUGCGACGAAGACUCGUCACUGGCAUCGUCUUUAAGCAUUAGUGUCGGCUCGAUCGAACCGCAAUGUCAGACGGAGUCCCAAAAGAGUCCGAUUCUAAAGCAACCUAAGACGCUGCGGUUUCCACCAAGAAGCCAGACGAAAUCGGACAAUAACAGAAGGAAGUCCAGUUCAGAUACGACCUCUACGGUUAUUGCCUGCCAGUGGGAGGACUGCAAGCUGGAAUUUGACAGUGAUUCAAAUUUGUUAGAACACUUACAGGCCGUGCAUGUCGACACGCAAGUGGGUAAACAGAACUACGUGUGCCUUUGGCAGCAGUGCAAAGUGCGCGGGAAGCCGUCUUGCUCCCGCCUCUGGCUGGAGAGACACGCGCUCUCCCACGGCGGCAACAAGCCCUUCAAGUGCAUAGUCGACGGCUGCGACAGAAGGUUCUCGACUCAGACCCUUCUGGAGCGACACGUGAACCACCACUUCAACAACAGCUCGCAGUCCAACGGUAGCAACAGAAAAUCGAGCGACAACUCGUCCAAGCUGAUCAGGAGAAAUGGAAAAAAGUUGCGCUACAGGCGACAGCCUUGGUCGGCGCGUAUGUUCGACUUCUUCGAUUCGGGAAUGAUGGUGGGGCUCCAGUGGAGGCUAUUGAGGUGCACCAGGUGGAGAUUGUCGGGGGGAUGUCCGCUGCGAGAGCCUCCCGGGCGACACACAUUAACACUACACGCCGCCCUCAGUGCCACUAGGUACAACGCUACCGACGGCACCCGGGAGGCCUUGCUGACUUACUACCCUCCUAAUGUGAUCGAUGACGAAUGGGUGCCCGAGAGUGAAGUGAAACGGAUCAAGAGGGUAGAGAUAUCGGAGCUGCCCGCUCACACAAAGGUGCUGCUGUACGACCAGUUCUGUAGCUCCUACAGGAAGACACCGUCGCCGCCGCCGAUCAAGAAGAGCCAACCGCAACCCUCGAGGCUCUUGCCUCUGCGUCAAUGCUCCUCGUCUAGGCUCUUAAACAAUCUCAUCGCAAAGCAGAAAGCCCUCGAGGUGAAGAACGAGUGCAGCGCUACCAAUCUACCUUUGGUCUACCGCGAAGAAGAAGAGAGCCCCAAAGUCGAGGUCAGCGGCGCCAAGAAGAGGAAAAUCGGCAGGAGGCACGGCGGGAACGCCUUCUGGCCCAGCGGCAGCAACGUAGCUGCGACAGAGUCUUCGGCGCCAUCUCUCCGGCGGCCAAGGACUCGCCGCGCGCCCGCAGACUACCCACAAGACUGA